AUGUCCGUUCACGUCGGUGGAUUCUGGUUCCCGUCUGAAACGAUCCACCAUCUGCUCACGACAGCAUACUCCGUACCCAACGUCACUCCCCACGAUGCCCUCGACACAGCUAUCAUCUACUUUGUCGACUACAAGUUCCUCCACUGCCCCAACCUCAUCGAGCACCAUAUCAACGACAAUUCUGGAACUCUCGCCAAGGGACACCUACUGGUGUGUCGCUUGGCGUUCGUCGACGACGGGCUCAAGGCUCCGGAUCUCUCUCUCGAUCAGAGUACGAGGGCCUGCGCCGACCACUGGUUCCCACCAUCCGUACGCGAGCUGGAGAUCUUCAAGGACGUUCGGUACAUCCAGUGCGAGUAUACUGGAUAUCGCACUGUCCCAGUCAUCCGGUCGAAAGAAAAGGAAUACGACAUGACGCCCCAGCAAAAGCGCCGUCCAAACAUGCCGAAAUGGCUCCGUAGGCGUCACGAGUUUGGUCGCACUUUCAUCUACCUGCCCCCCGGCGUCCCCGCCUCGUAUAUCUACGCCGACGAUGGCAACAACAGUGACAAUACGUCCGAGUCGGAUUCAUCUGAGUCAUUUCUUUGUCCCCACACACGGCGCGGGACGGCGCGGAAAGGCGCUGCGUCCGACUCAGGAUACAGCGCGUCCGCAGACGCACCCUUCGAAGUCGCAGCUCGAGGUCCAGCCCCCACGCCUGCCAUUAUCCUCGUUAACCGCAACCUCCGAAACCCCCUCACCCACGCCCUCGAUGCCGAGCUCCGCGUCCCCAACCACGGCUCCAUCGCCCACCGCGAGCUCGGCUUUGGAGUCCCCCGUCUUCACCUUUCACGCCCCUCGACCCGCCUCAGUCUUCCGCCAUGGUUUUUCUAUCGAUACCGUCCCCUCCCCCUCGCCGCGCUCCUUACCGCGCUGCACGCGCACCUGCAAGUAGUAGCCGUAUAUACUGGCAAGUGCACGUCUUCGUGCGCUCUACGAGGUAGCGGUACGCAGGGAAGCGCCGUCAUUGCCGUGUGCGCCGAUCGCGAGUACGUCUCGCCCGCGCAGAUGCACGCGCCGCAGACCCGACAGGUGUACGUGGGGUCCGAUCGGCUCAUCUCGUCCGUGCUUUCGUCCCUUGGGCAAGAGUAG